UUAAUAAUUGGGGGGUCUCCAGCUCUGCCUGUGUCACAUGGAAGCGCGGUAGCCGAGCUGAGGGGAUGCGAGCCGAGAUGGAGGGGGCUUAAGGGACCGAGGAGCUGAAACCUGGCAGUCGGAGAUAAUUUUGGAGUCGCAUCAUCAUCAUCAUCAGCAGCAGCAGCAGCAUCAGAUAAGGAUAAGGAUAAAGGGGGGGACGCGGACGCGCAGGUUGAGCUCUUCCCAGCCUCCCCUCUUGGCUGGGGGUGCGCGGACAGGAUGCCACAUGAAGUGCGCUGCAUCCCCGCUCUGUGAAGCCCGUGAAGAAGGUCUGGCGGUGAUUAUGCUCGCAGGGAGCUUGAGUCAGUCCGAGGGGAAGCAGAAACUGAAGGAAGCGACCGGAGCCGAUGCUGCGCCUCUCCAAACCUCUGAGCUGAAUCCCAGUGAGACCGUGGCACUUCGCUGCGUGCAUGAGUGUAAGGGUGUAAGUGUGUGUGUGUGUGUGUGUGAGAGCAAGUGAGCGCCAGUGCUCCCACAUGGCCUCCAUGCAGGACGGGCUGAACUUCACGGCUCCUCCCUACGGCAAGGUCCUGCUGCUGGGCGCUAUCGCUGCUGCCUCAGCCUUUGUUGUUACCAUCCUGAUUGUGGUGCUCUGCGUGGGCUGCCAGAGGAAGGGGAAGACGCACAAUGUGCCCGGUGAAGGUGGAAAACACCGCCUCAUGGACAUGGGUAUACUCAAGCAGUCAAAGCUGCGGUCCAUCAGUAAAUCUGACACGGAGAUGAACAAGAUGAACUGCAAUGGCAAAAUUGAUUUUUGGGACAUGAACACAAAGCAUCGGGGUAUGCACUGCAGGCAGCUUCCCCAGAUCCCCUCUGGGACUGGAGAGGACAGCGAGCACACUUAUUCAGAAGUGGGCCAACGUUCCUCCACUGCACGUACUGACGAUGCCCUCUACGCCAUGGUAGGCAGGGCCGGGCAGACGGACACUCCGGCCCCUCCGGCCGUUCCCGCCAACACCCCGGCGCCCCCGGACCCGGACGGCGAGGUGGACGGAGCGCUGCCCGAACCCGAGGCCCCGGUCAUGUCUCCCCCACACCCUCCGGAGACGGCGGAGUACGCCUGCGUCAGGAAGCUGAGGAAGGCUGAAAAGGCGCCUCAGAAGAGGGACAGUGGGACGGAUAUGGCAGAGCCGCCCGCCCCACCUCCACGCCAUGGGCCACCGUCGCAUCCCGCCCCCCCACCGCCUCAUCCCCACAGCACAAAGUUGCCUCGUAGAAACAUUGAGGCCUUCAAUGUCCCAUCAUUCCCAAAGGAAGUGAUGUUUAUGGGCAAUGGAGAGCAGUACAUCUGGAAGCCUCCGGAGGAUGAUGACAUGCUGAUGCUCCAGAAUAAAGCGCUGGGCCCACUGGGAGCCCAUUUAGUGGAGAAUAUACAGCCGUCUGCCGCAGUGGUGGCUGAGAUGUACUCCAAAGUGUGCAAACCUGGAAAGAAGAAGAGAGCGAUGCCGGGUUCUCCCCCGGCGAACCUCGGCUUCCGGACCCUGGGUCGAGGCGACCGGGACCGAGACGGUGGAUUCAGCGUUGUGGUCAAACCGCAGACAUGGGCCCCUCAAGAGGGCAAAGCGGUCGGAGGCUCCCUGGACGACCACUGCUACGAGUCCAUCGGCACGGAGGAGUGCGACCCGGCGUACGACAACAUGGAAGGCGGGGGCGCCUGGAAGCGCGAGCGGCCUCCGAACACAUGUGCCACGCUGCGGCCGAGGAGGAAGAAAGCCCAGCAGCCCCUGCAGCAGCAGCACCCUCCGCCGCCGCCGCCCACGCAGCAGACGCCCAAGUUGCAACACCUUCCUGCCAAAGCCCUGCUGCUGCCGGGGGAGAACCUGUACGAGAGCAUUGGCGACCUGAAGCAGGGCUCCGCCACCUCCAGCACCACCACCAUCUUCACCUUCAACGACGGCAUGGAGAUGUACGUCACAGGGCUCUGAGGCAGCGGCUGCACUGUGACCCCCUCUGAGCUGACACUGCUGGGUCCCAUCAUGCCCACCACACAUACUGUUUACAUUAAAGUCACGACAUCAGGCCUUUCACAGGCGCCACGCUGCAAAAACACCACAUAUUACCAAGUACUUUGCUGCAGUUUCUAGUGCAAAUGUCUUAGUACACUUGAAAUUAGGCAAAACAAACUUACAAGUAACUUUUCAGCAAGAUAUAAGAGCUUGUUUUAAGUCAAUAACUGCUUUAGGGUGACCUGCUAUGCGUCCUUGAGGAGAGAUUUCUGGGCUUUUCAAAUUCAGAAACACUUUAUUCAUUCCAAAUUAUUUGUUGUUAUAAUUAAUCAAUUCAAAUUUUGCAAAGAAUUGCUGUAGAUGGUGAUGACUGUUGGCAGGGAAGGUCUCUUGUAGCAGUCUGUGUUACAGCAAAUCUGAAGAAGCCUCUGACUGAAGACACUCUGUGUCAUGAAGAGGAUGGCCAGAGUUGUCCAUAAUUUAUUUAUUUGUACAAAACAUGUUCAUUAUAUUUUUUGCACAAAAUCAGAAUCAUAAUUAUUGUCAUUGUGCAAUAAAAAAAUAGCAACUCUGCAAUGAAUACAUACAUAAAACAAACAGAAACAACCGAGAUAUUAAGAAAAUAGGUUUGGAUGAAUUUACGAUGUUUAGACCAACAACAGCUCUUGGGUAGAAACCGUUUUUUUUUUAAGUCUGUUGAAAUCAUUUUUAGAUAAUUUUAAUCUGGUCUGUUCUACUUGUUUUGAGCCGUUCUAGCGUCUCCGUCACUUUAAAUCCAAUAAAGUCCUGCUGACCACGCCGCCCAUCGGCUGAGUGGAAACGGCUGAAAACAGAUGCGUGAUUAUACAGCCAUGUUUAAACAUUAUUCUAACAUCUUUUCUGAAUGUUAACUCAACAACUUGUGUUUCCCAGCAGCACACAGCGGUAAAACCAGCUGACCAAAUGUGAUUGGUCUAUAGGAAUUCAGCUUCGGUUGCUAGGUAACGACGCAGCGGCUGCUGAUUUGUGACGUUACAUCCAGGAGUUUUUGAAUUUUCACACACUAAAUAAUACAAAGUUAGUGCCAAAAAAGUCUGGGUGGUUUUCUGAAGCGAUUGGGGUGUUUAUAGAAGCAGCAGAGACCAAAAUGGAAUUAUAAAAAUGUGCAAAAUGUGACUUUUGAACAAAAGGAUCCCUUCAAUAUUGAUACAAAAGUACUAGUUGAUUUUUUUUUUUUUUUUUUACAAAUAAGACAUUUUUCCCAUGUUGUAAGAGAAAAAUUCACCCAUGAAACUGGUAUUUUUAAAUCAA